AUGUCCGAGACCGAAGAUAUAGUAUGGCAUGAGGAUUUGGCGGUUUCCAGUUCAAGCUCUGGCAGUACGUCUCGCCUUCUGCCUAAUUUAUGGAGAUUCCUGAACCGCCGAAUCAAACGCACUGGUCGAGCCGGAUCUGCCUCUCCAGCAAGAAGAAGACUAGUCGACACGGUUUCGGUUAAGCAGGAAGAGUCGCGAAAUUUACUGCAGGCUUUGCAAGCUGAUGAUGGCGCUGUAAACGAAGUUGAAGACUCACCUGAACUUGAUCAUCAGGUUGAAUCUGGCACCAGCUCCAAUUCUUCACCAGAUUCUUCCGAGGAUGACAUCUUUUCAGAGAUAUCUUCGAGACCCAGAAAACGAAAGCGCAUUGCAAGGGCUGAAAGCUCCCGUGCAAGAUCGCCGGCGAGACAGGGCAUGGCUGAGAGGUCAAAAUCUUCUUCCAGGUCGCCAAAGAAACUGAAGAGUGAGCCUCCUGCAGAUGUUGGAUUUGUCACGGCAAAUUCGUCACCCAGGAAAUCUCAUGUUUUUGCAUCACCAGCUAAAUCACCCGUCAAACCGAUACUAAAUCAGUCCCCAUUUAAGAUUACCUUGAAGCGCAACUUUGUGCCCACACCAGUGCCUUACGCAGGUGAAUACCGAGCCCCACAGGAGAAACACCUUACUUAUUUCUUCGAUGGGUUCGAAGGAUACAUCGACCAGAAAAAGCCUAUUCGUGCUCACAAAAAAUCUACCAACUCUAUGGGCAUGGCGCCCCAAGUCACUCGUGAGGAACUCUCGCUCUUAUCCAAUACCCUCAAUGCCUGGGUUCAUCGGGAUGGUAAGCUUGCAUUGCAAGAAAUCCAGCGAGCUAUGUUCCCACAAUACUGGUUUGAACUUGAUCAAGGUUUUUCUUUAUUGUUCUACGGUGUGGGCUCAAAACGGAAGUUUCUCGAAGAGUUUGCAAUCGAAUAUCUAUCCCCACGGCUCACAGUGUCAGGGGAGCUCAAUCAUGGACCCGAUCAAGAGCGCGAAGAUGGCGCUGUGUCUGAUGGUGAUAUUGAGAGCGACAAGGGCUCGGACCUCAACACCGAUGACCAAGAUCUAGUACAUGGUGUCCCUUGCGUAGUCAUCAAUGGUUACAACCCAACUUGCAACUAUAGAGACGCAUUUCAUUCCAUUUCUCAUAUAAUGCUCAAAGAGGAGCUUUCCAAGUCUGAGACUAAAUAUUGGAGCAACCACGUUGAGUUGCAAAUCAAUAAAAUGGCGGAGAUAUAUCGCAACGCACCAUCUACAAUCAAACUAAUAGUACUAGUCCAUAAUCUGGAUGGGCCCAUGGUUCGUAAAGAUGCCUUCCAAAAUAUGCUCUGCUCACUUGCUCGCAUUCGUCAAAUCGCAUUGAUUGCCUCCACCGACCAUGUCUACGCGCCACUGCUUUGGGACCACGUUCGUGCUCAGAACUUCAACUUUGUAUUCCACGAUAUCACUAAUUAUGAGAGUUAUGCAGUCGAGUCCUCUUUCAGCGAUGUCAUGAAACUCGGUAAGAGUCAAACCAGCACCGGAGCUGAGGGUGCGCGGUAUGUUCUGGAGUCCCUGACGGCUAAUUCGAAGCGCAUGUACAAGCUACUGAUAGAGACGCAACUAGGUGCUAUGGAAAAUGCGCAGGGCAAAAUGUCAGCCAAUAAACGCGGCUCCCAUGCUUUCGGAAUCGAGUUCAAACAGUUUUACCACAUGUGCGCAGCCGAAUUCAUUGCCUCCAACGAAGUGUCGCUACGAUCCAUGUUGGGUGAAUUCAUUGAGCACAAGAUGGCUGCCUUGUCCAAGAACAGAAGCGGUGCGGAGACUCUCUACGUUCCCUACGUAUACUCAGAAAUGCAAACGCUACUGCGAGAUGUCUUGGAUGUUUGA